AGCUGUCUGCUUGUUGUGGACGUGCCCAGUUUGUGCUUUCCUCCCCAUUGCAGCAGAUGGAGGAUCUCUACGAUGACUUGGAUGACAACGAGAUCCCGAUCCCGACACUGCCCGCCGUGUCUCAAACUGGGACUACUGCGCAGCGGCUGAAACGGCUUCGACGAGGGAAGCAGAACCAAGAUGUCAACAGGUCGUCGGCGGCGCUCCACUCGGUUCAGCUGCCUUGUUUUGCCGACAAGAUAUCGGAUGAUGAUGAUGAUGAUGAUGAUCUGCCUGGCGGCUCUCGACUUCCUGGUAAUGCAAAGAAUACGAUCAGCAGAUUCAGCACUAAUAAGAAGUCGAGGCAAAUUCAUGCUGCUGCGGCUGCGACUGCCCUGGCAUUGAACACCGGCGUGCAGCCAUCUCGCGAAGACGGUGCUAUGGCGGAUGGAAAUGACAAGGAGACUGAUGGGAGUGUUCCAUUGGGUAAAGGAAACUUUGAUGCGCCUGUAAUGAGUCGGGGAGAAGAGGGAGAGAGAGGGACCGGAAAGGACGUGGAACGAGAGAACGGCAGAGUGGUAGAAGAAGGAGAGGAGACUUUUGCUAGUCGGGAUACGAGCCAGUGCGGAUCCGAAGCCGGAUCGGGAUCGGGUGCAGAUCGUCCGGGCGAGAGGACGGGGGUAGUUGAUGGAGGAAGCUGCGCAGCCAUAGGGUGUGGGAAGAAGGAGCAGAUUAAUGAGGGGCGGAAAGCUGAAGGCAAAGUCGGGACUACUGAUGGCUGCACAGGGGUCCAAGUUGCAGCAGGCGAUGAUAUCGCUGGCCCGAUCGUGAGCGACGAAGGAUUGUCGGCCGAGCAGAGGAAGGACGCGCAUGAAGCGUCGGGGGCAAACAAGGAAGGACACGAUGAAUCCAAGGCCGAGGAGGAGGCGGGAGAGGGAGAGAAGCCGGCGAAGAAGAGGCGGAGGAAGGAGAAGAAUGGUAAGCCGAAGGAAGCUGGGGAACCUGGCAGCGGCGGCGGCGGCGGCGGCGGCGGUAGGAAGGGGAGAGGAGGGGGGGGAGGAGACAAGACGAGGAGGGGAGGGAGGAAGAAGAAGAGUGGUGACGACAACGACAAGGACGAGUUCCUCGCUCCUGAAGGGUCGGGAGAGGAGGCAGCAGAUGUCGUCGAUUGCUACACAGAGAGAGAGACGACUGGGAGGUCGAGACGAAAGACAAAGGAUACGGCGAUGGAUAUCAUUGCAGAGAGUCAACGUCUCCUGAGAGAAUCGAAGGGGGCAUCUUUCGCGCCUCGGCCUGUCACACAGAAGCCCGUGCUGAGCGUUUUGGAGAAGAUAAGGCGGCGCUCAGAGAAACUGGGGCUGGGAAAGAAGAAAGAAUCGGCAGGAGCGCAGGCGUCUACGCCGAGCGCGGAGGAGGGUGAAACGACGGCCAAGUCGUCCUCUUCAACUCCCACUUUUCGAGAUGGGCAGCAGCAAACAGCUGGAAGUGAAGAACCAUUGCAAAGAAUUCCACUCUCUGCGGAGAAAGUGGCUAUGGCGACUCAGGAAGGUGGUCUUCUUCUUGGUACUCUUCGGCAACGUCGUAGUGACCGUCUGGAAGAUGCCGAUGACGAUGAAGACGACGCUGACUUGAUGGAGAUUGAAGGGUGGAAUAUCUUCGGGAAGAAGAAGCCAUUGGCUGCUCAGCGGCAGGCGCCGAGUGCGACGAAGUCUUCUCCGUCGUCUUCCCAGGGGCAAGAAGGCAAAGUGCUCAUGGACGGAGGACAACCGGGUAACGAAAAGGAGGGGGGAGGGAAGAAGAGAGGAGGAGAUGAUGGUGAUUCCCAGCAAGGAGGAGAGGGAGAGAAGAGAGGAGAAGACGACUGCUCGACUCGUGCGAAAUGCCGUGGAGAAGGAGACACCGUGGGUGGUGGAGGGGAAGGUGGUGGUGGUCCCCCCCCCGUUCGUGUGUAUCAGCGGCGGCAUGCCGUUGACGUCACCUCGGUUAGCGGGUUUCGGGCUCCCAUAGAGGACACGCAAGAUCUGUUUCCAGGAGAUGACAGCAUAGCGUUCGAUGAUGAGAAAGACGACGACGAUGAUGAUGAUCGUCUUGUUAAAGAGGAGAAGAGGGGGGAAAUGGGAAAGAAAGAAACGACCGGCAUCGGCGGUGGCUCAUUUAAAUCGCCAUCGACAGCGUGCGGACGCAGAAACAUUUCUCUGCUCUUGGAUUUGCACUCGCAGAGUCAGGACCUGUUUGACGAGGAAGGCGCGCGGGGAGAGAAGAAGAGAGGAGUGCAAGGAGAGGAGGAGGAAAGGGAGAAAGAGGGGAAAGGGAAAGACUCGUUGUUUUGCAAUGAGAGGGAGAGAGAAAGUGGCUCCCCGCCACAGGAAACGUCAAACGAGAAACCGAGUGGUUGUUUUCCGCCGCCAAGAAAGGUUCUCGAGGUUCUUGAGGAGAAGGAGCAUCGGUCCGUGUCGUCAUUCUGCGAUCAAUUACGGUACUCUGGCCAACGUAGCGUCGAGAUGACGACGGCGCAGGCUUUUGGUAAAAAGAACCCGUUCGUGGACGAUGAGGCAGAGGUGGAAGAUGAUGAAGAAGAAGGGUUAUGCAAAAGUGAUGACGACGAAGAGGAGGCGAUGGAGGUGGCACGCUUGGAGAGGGCUGAAAACAGGGACAGGGAGGCAGGGGCGGGAGCAGCUGACAAUCCAGGCUCAGGCGAACGGGACAAAAGAGAAGGAUUCGAAGACAAUGACCCGGUAUUCAAGCAGAGAAGGGAGGAGCUGCACAGAAAAUGGCUGGAGCAGCAAGAUCGUGUGGAGAUGGAUGACUUGCUGCACAGAAUGCGCAGUGGGUGGAAAAGGGGAGACAAAGCGAGUAGCAGAGAGAGAGACAGGCUUCGCGUCUGUUCGCUGUUCCCUGAUGAAGAAGAUGUACUCGCCGAUGCGAAGCAGGACGAUUCACUAGCCGGUGGCGAUGGCGCAGAGGGUGAUCAUCGUGAUGAGAGCAAUGGAGGGGGAGGCGAGGAUGACGACAACGAAGAAGGAGGAGGAGGAGGAGGAGGAGGAGAAAGUGAGGAAGACAGGAUGAAUGCGAGACGGAGAGAGAGCGGAGGGGAGGGCGUCUCGGCAUCGGGGAGGAGGGAAAGAAGCGGGAUGAAGACGGGCUUGAAUGGUGUCGGAGAGAAGAAGGACGAGCGCUCAAGGAAGCGAAAGGAAGGCGGUGGUGGAGGGGCGAGGGAGGAGGGAGAAUCGCCCCUCCUGGAGGAGGAGAGAUCCCCACCCCCACAAGAGCAUCAGUCUGACGACGAAGAGGUUUGGCGCGAACGCGCUCGAAGGCGGCGGAUGAUGGAAGAAGCGGAAGAUCGGGGCGAUUUCGAUAGCCCUCUCGAUGAUGAUCUUUCCCGCGAGAUUCAACGACUAAUCACAAAGGUCAACAUGGCCCAAUCCGCGGGCGGCGGGAAUCCUUCGUCGUCUUCAGGCCCGAAAGCAAAGCCGGCAGCAGCAGGAGCAUCUUCGUCUAGUGCCGUUGGAACUUCUGCAGCCGUAGUAGCUGGAAGUGGUGGUCCCCCCACUGGAGGGAUUGGGGGGGGGGUCGGGGGCGGGAUGACUAAGUUUGGAGUGAUGUUGCCUGGUUCAUCCGACCGAUUGUCGUUCCUACGUCGUGGCCUGGCGUCGUCGAAGGGCUCUGGCGGCCCUGGAGGUGGAGCAGGAGGAGGAGGAGGAGGAGGAGGAGGAGGAGGAGGUGCUGGGAGCUCGGGGGGGACAGGCGGCGGGUCAGCUACGCCAGCGACCACGAGGCAAGGUACUGGUUUUGCACGAUCGUUCGUCUUCAGUUAUGAUGAUAGCAACAGCAGUGCUCUUGGACCGUUGGAUGGAAAGGUCUCGAGGGACGGCGGUCGACUCUCCGGGGGGGGGGAGGAUCCUUCGGCUUCCAUCGCUACUCCCCCGCCUUCCGCCAGUGGGAUUGCUCGUGGGAUUGGCGGGAACGAUGGGGGCGAACCGAUGGGUGCAGCCGGGAUCUCGAGUCUGACACCAGGAUUGGGGGGCAAACCACGUGGGCGUGGCUCUGAAAGCGCGACACGUGGCAAGUCCGCCAGAGAGCGGAAAUCCGUUGGAGGAUCGGCAGACUCGUCGGUGAAGAGUCCGCCUCCAUUCCUCUUAGGGUUGCUUUCGAGAGGGAAGGAUGGCGAUGGGGGGGGGGGGGGGGGGGGAGGAGGGGAAGUGGCGUCGGAAGCGUUGGGGGAAAGGGGUCUCCUGUGGAGGGAUUCUCUCUGGUUGAUGUGGUAAGGUCUAUCAAGCCCGUCAGAUCCAUCAGAAGCCAUUUUAUGUAGAUAACCCUUCAUUGAUUGAUUGAUUGAUUGAUUGAUUGAUUGAUCAGUUGUGUUAUUGGCAGUUUCGCAUUGCAUUCGCCUUCCUUGCCGAUAUCGUGCUCUGGCGCUGCCAUUUCUUUUUUAUUUUUUUAUUUUUUUUCAUUAUUAUUAUUUUUUUCUGGCGCUGCCAUUUCGUUUGGUUGCUGGGAAUUUUUUUUUUUUCUCUCUAUAGUUAAGAAGGUUUAUGUCCAAGCUAACAAAUGAGCCAUCUCUCG